CCCACCAGUGAGCCAUUGACCUUGCCUCCCCAGCCCACCGUUUCCUCUUUUGGUUCCAAAUCCCACGACGCCUGUGGUAGGCACAGGACUACUUGAGCUUGGUUUCAACCCUGCUCUUUUCUCAAAGAAGCAAAACAUGGGUGGUGGAAAGGUCUAUACUUUAGCUGAGGUCUCCGAGCACAACACCCCCAAAGACUGCUGGCUUGUAAUUGACGGCAAGGUAUACAAUGUAACAAAAUUCUUGGAAGACCAUCCUGGUGGUGAUGAGGUCUUGUUGUCUUCCACAGGGAAGGACGCAACUGAUGAUUUCGAGGAUGUUGGUCACAGCAGCACUGCCAAAGCCAUGAUGGAUGAGUAUUAUGUAGGUGACAUCAAUACAUCAACCGUUCCUGCCAAGACCAAGUAUACCCCUCCUAAGCAGCCUCACUAUGAGCAAGACAAGACAUCAGAGUUUGUUAUCAAGCUCCUUCAAUUCCUAGUUCCCUUGCUAAUCUUGGGAUUGGCUCUUGGCAUCCGCUUCUACACAAAAUCAGCUUGAGUAUCAAUACCAUGGUAAAAUCUGAAAGGAAUUCACAAUAAGAUUAUACUAGUUCCCUGUUUACUUAAGUUUGUUUAUAUCUGUUCAGACUGAGGAGUGGUAGAACCGUUUAAUAUUUUAUUUAUGAGAGACAUAUUAUUGUUUUAAUGUCAUUGUUUUUCUUUCUCCUUGAUAUGCAAUUUGAUAAAGAAACUGCCUUCCUUUGACAUCGAGCGUCGUUCUAGAAGACUUAAACGUCAUACCCUGCGGUCAUUGUUCAAUACCGUCUUUGAUCAUAUCGUAAAGAUAUAGGCUCUAUUAAAAAUAGACUAGAAUAAUGAUAAAUGUCUACGUUACAGCCAAGGCUAGUGAACGGUACAAAUACCAUACUCAUUUCUGCAAAGAUUAUCCUUGUGCUAUCCGUUAAGUUUUGUCACCGGGCAAGAGGGGAAGGCCUGUAAGAACAUGCAGGCUGAUGAAUUGCAUUCCCUCUUCGUCAAUGUUCACUUGCUUUUACUACUGAUGAGAACCAGAGAAAUGGGAGUUGUAACAGGCGAGUAAGGCGUGCUGAAACUGGUGUAUCGAGGCAGGUUUGUGGAUAUAUACAAGCAGCCUAUCACUGCUGCAGAAGUGAUAAAGAAGAACCCAAAACACUGUGUUACACGACCAGAUGUGUUUGAGUAUCCAUGGGUCGUUGUUAGACCUGAGUCAGUAUUGCAUCUAGGGAAAGUUUUCUUCAUUUUUCCUAAUCAUACACUUAAUAAACUGUUAAAAGCCAG